AUGGCGAAGAUAAAAAAGAAGGGUGAAUCAGGCGCGUCGAAAAACUACAUCACACGCAACCAAGCGUUAAAAAAGCUACAGGUGACACUGGCCGAAUUCCGACGGCUGUGUAUCCUGAAAGGGAUUUUCCCACGUCAGCCCCGGCAUGUCAAACGGGCGAAUAAAGGGUCGACCGCACCAACUUCCUUCUACUAUGCAAAAGACAUUGCAUACCUUCAGCAUGAGCCUGUUUUGCGCGCUUUCCGUGAGCACAAAACGUUUGCCAAAAAACUGAAUCGUGCGAUUGCGCGUCGCGAGUGGUAUGCGGCAAAGAAUAUGGACGAGAACCGCCCGAAAUACAAACUGGACCAUAUUAUCAAGGAACGUUAUCCCACAUUUGUGGACUCUUUGCGCGAUCUGGAUGAUGCACUGUCUAUGCUGUUCCUGUUUGCAAAUAUUCCUGCAUCGCAGAGCAUUGCCCCGGAAAUUACCAGUCACUGCGCACGGUUAUGCGCGGAAUGGCAACUGUAUGUGAUGCGCACCAACACGCUGCGCAAAGUUUUUUUGAGUAUCAAGGGUAUUUAUUUUCAGGCCGUGGUAUAUGGCCAGGAGAUCACAUGGCUUGUUCCCUACAUGUUCACGCAAAAUAUCCCCACCGAUGUUGAUUUUCGUGUGAUGAUGACAUUUUUGGAGCUGUAUCAGACGCUAAUGGGCUUUGUGCUGUACAAAUUGUAUUUUGAUGAGAACCUAGUGUACCCCCCCAAGCUCGACGAAGAGAAGGAUAGCCAAGGUGCCGGCUUUGGCUCUUUACUGCUUACUCCAAACGAUGCAAGCGUAUUGAUGGGCCAGGGCGACGUUCUUGAGAAAGAGGCGCAGGCAGCGGCGGAGAAUGCUGCGACGCGUGCCGAUGGGAAAAAGAUGUCUGCGCGCGAUGUGAAGCGGCAGAUUGCGCGCUUGACGCAUCAAGGCAUAGAUGACGAAGAUGAAGAGGUGCCUGUAUUGGACGCAGAUGCCGAAGCCGAAGAAGAGGCCGCGGACGAAUUUGUUAUGCAGGCAUCCAAACGUACGACCGAAGAUGAGCAACUGGCCGGUGACCAACUGACCACUUUAGGCGAGCUGCAGCACCAAGCCGGUGACGAUACAAAGCAGAACCUUUUCAGCCGUUAUGUGUUCUAUAUUUCGCGCGAGUGCCCACGCGCAGUGGUUGAAUUUAUUCUGCGCUCGUUUGGUGCGCAUCCAAGCAACAUUGGCUGGGAUCAUGUUGCGGGCGCAGGCAGUGGCGUCGCUGAGAACGACGAGCGAAUCACGCACCACAUUAUUGACCGUCCUGUGGAAGAUGGAAACCUGCCGCAACACCCGGGCCGACGUGUGUAUGUGCAGCCGCAGUGGGUUGUCGAUAGUGUGAACCGCCGCACGUUGCUCCCCACGGAGCCUUACCGGCCUGGCGCGCCGCUCCCACCCCACUUGAGUCCGUUUGUGGACGACCACGAAGUAGCACGUCGUGGCGGCUACGUUCCCUCGGAAGCACAAGAGGCGCUUGGUAUGGAAGUAGCUGCACCUACCAGCGACUCUGAUGAAACCGAUGACGAGGAAGAGGAGGAUAGGAAAACAGCGCCUACCUUUUCUGCGCGCGACGCGCUCCUUGCAGACCCAAUUGAUGCAGACGCAUCUGGGCUUAUGGAGGCUGCCGAGCUUGAGGUUGAAGCUGCAGGCGGCGAAGAUGCGUUGAUUGCGCUACGUGCACAGCACAGUGCCGCGCUGAAAUCCGCCAAGAAGCAAAAACGCAAAGCCCCGGUGCAACUAUCUGAAGAAGCCGAGGCGCGUGAUAUGGCCAAGAUGCUCUUGUCGAACAGGCAGCGCAAACUGUAUACGAGGAUGGGUAAUGCUGCCUCCAAAACAAACUUCGAAAAGCAGCGCCUCGAGACCAAGAAGCAGCAGCUGGGCAAGAAGAAAAAAAGCACGUAG